AGAACCGACCCGGCAAUUUCUCGGCCAAUAUCUUCGUCAAGGCGUGGGAAUUACUUUCACUAGAUCCGCCUUUCGCACGCAAACAUGUCUGCAACCGCGGAGACGAAGACAGCGCCGGCCGCUGGACCUGUCGCCGUUCAGGGCAUGCGCAAAAACGGCAAGCAAUGGCACCAGCCCAAAACUGCUUUCAGGCCUACAGCAGGACUGACACCCUAUGCCCGCCGCGCCGAGGAGAGGAAGGCGCUUGCCGCCGUGAAGGCAAAGGAGAAGGAGAUGAAGGAUGAGAAGGAGGCGGAGAGACAGCGACGCAUCGAGGCUAUCCGGACGAAGCGUGCUGCGAAGGCCGAGCAUGAACGAUACCAGCUGAUGGAGGAGAAGAUGCACAAGAAGCGUGUGGAGCGCUUGAAGAGGAGGGAGAAGCGCAACAAGAUGCUCAAGUCAUGAUUCCGCUGUCUUCAUAGAAGAAAUAAAGAAGAAAAAGGAGAACUCCAACAACCGUCGUCCCGACAGCAGCCCUGCCUGGGAACGUUCCGAAGUACUCCGACGUACACCA